AUGGAGAUAAAUCUCAAUGAGUACAGGAUCCAAGACUUUCAUGAUCUGGAGCCGGCUUCGGCCUGCGACCGACUCGGUCGGCUCCUGCGCCAGCGGGGCGCGGCCAUCGUGAAGCUGCCGGCGCCACGAGGUGUUAUGCAUGAGGCGACAGACGAGAUCCGCAGGCAUCGGUUCGGGGACGGCCUUUUGCAAACGCCACGACAGGUGGCCAGCGCCUACUUCGGGGCCGCCUCCGCGUGGACGUACCGGCUGACGCCUCCGGGCUCCGAACCAUCCCAGGACGAAAAGGCACUCCGUUGCCUUGACUCUUUGAUGGAGGGCUUGGGCGCCACUGCAGCAGAGGCCGCCCAGCAGCAUCUGCAGCGCCUCGUGAAGAGCCGAGCUCCGGGGCUUCUGCACCUGCCGGCGGAAGAGGACGACGGCCCGGUCAACGCGGCGGAUGAUGGCCGGCUCACUGCCGAGGAGGACGACAGCCCGGACAACGCGGCGGAUGAUGGCCGGCUCACUGCCGAGGAGGCGUGGCGUCACCUCGUCCACUGCGGACGUCGGAAGGUGGUGUUGCUUUUGGCGUUUCGGCCGACCGUGGUGCAGCUGAAUCUGAGGCACAAAGGACCCGAGCCUGUCCAGCUCGACAUGCGAAGGGGGGAUGUUCUCAUCUACCUGCACGACCUUUGCUUUCUUCGGGUGCUAGAGACAGGGCCCCUCCUGCAACUGGACCUGAAGAUCGAAGCUACGAGGGAGCAGCAGGCUGCCGCGGAGGAGCUCCUGGAAGUCCCGCAAUCCCUGGUCCAGACGUACGAGAAGCUCCUGGAGCAAGCCAAGGUCAUGCCUGAGGAGGAGCUUGGCUUGCAGACUUUGCGCGGUGCGCAUCUCCAGUCGGUCCGUGGCAUCGGUAUCGCCUCGCUGGAAGUCGAGCUGCCUUCCUUGUGCCUGCGGGGGACCAGCUCAGUACCCUUACUGGCUUCCCUCCUGGGCGGCCUUGAUUCUGCGUCGCCAGCCGUGGGGCCCCCGCGAUCCGUCCGCCAACUCCAAGAAAGGCAGUUCUAUGGGGCCAAGUGGGACCUCGACGAGUACUUCAGCGCGGAUUCCGGCCAAGAUGAGUCCAAGAUCUACUGCAAGCACCACUCUGUGCUCUAUCGCAGCUGCGGUGUCUCCGACUUUGACUACCGGUACUUCGGCAUAGCUGCGGAAGAUGCCCGUGAGAUGGACCCUCGCUGCCGCCUGUUGCUGGAGGGCCAUGAGGCCGCGCUUCGCGCGGCUGGGCAGAGGAGCUCCCAAGAGCGACCCUAUGGGGUCUUCUGCGGCUUGAGUGGCCUGGGGUCAAGAGCUGCCUCGAACCCCUCCUUGAUCGUUGGCCAGGUCGCCGAGUUCCUGAAUUUGACCGGGACCACCAUGAACUUAGACACAGGUGAUGCGUCCUCUCUGAUGGCCGUCGAGCGCGCAGUUGUCGGCGUGCGCAAGGGAGAGUGCGUGGCUGCGCUGGCGAGUUCGGUGCACUGGAUCACCGGCCCGGAGGAGUCCCUGACGAUGUGCCGGCAGCGGCUUCUGGCGCCUAGCGGCCGCACCCGGUCCUUUGAUGCCUCAGCUGACGGCUUCCUACCGGGUGAAGGUGCGGUGGUUUGUCUGUUGGGCAGUCCGUCGGGGACGAGCGCUGGAGGAGAUCGAGGUUCCAUCGUGGGAGUCGGCUCGAAAUUCUCGGGUAAAGCCGCGAGUCUCAAGGCCCCCCACGCUCCAAGCGUCAGCGAGGUGCUGGCGAAGGCGGCCCGAGACGGUGCGUUGCCCCUGGCUACGUUGGACGCUGUGGAAGCCUCGGCUGGUGGUCAAGCGAGCAGCGACGCGGAAGAGCUCGCGCUGCUGAGACGAGCCCUGCGCCACCGCGACGCCAGCCGUCCUGUUGUCGUAUCCUGCAUCAAGGCCUCCUUCGGCAACGCUGGGGUUGCCGGGGGUCUCCUGGGAAUCGCGCGGAAUCUGAUCUUGCUGGGCCGUGGCCUUCAUGGGCCCCAGCUGCACCUGCACACGCUGGCCCUCGAGCCGCCCGAAGACGAAACUGGCACGCGGAGGAGUCUCCAUAUUCCAACGGAAGCGCUGGCAGGAGGGCGCCUCGCCUCGCAGAUCUUUGGCGUGUCCUCCUUUGCCACCACAGGCUACUGCGCUCAUCACCUGGUUUUGGCCGAGCCUCCAGUGGUCCCGUCCAAGGCGAGCCAAGGGCAGGGCCCUCUGUGGUGGCCCUACAAGCUCAUGGAGAAGGACAGGACGUUGGUCUAUCGCGGCUACUUCCUGCAGGGCACCAUGACGGCCUGGUCCGAGGGGUUGCCAAUGACCCGUGUCAACGAGGAGGAUGAACUUGACACCUUCGAGGGCUACAUCGGCCUGGAGAGCGACUUUCCGGAGACGUUCCAGAUCUGGGUGGACGACGACCCGGACAAGGCGCUGCAUCCUCCUCGGCGCGGCGACCCGGCGGAGGCUGCGGUGAUUGGACCGUCGUCAGCCGCGCCGAGGUCCCUUUGCUGGAAGAUUGGUGCAGACGGCCGGGCUGGCGACGGCUACCGCGUCCGGCUGCAGGUGAACGGCAGCCUGAGGCGCCUCUCCUGGACGAAGAUGCCCCAGGAGGCUCGGACCUCGCUUUCUUGGACUCUCCGCCCACACGGCUUCAGUCUCCUCGGGGACCACAGCUCGUGGACCUUCGAGGCUAUGCGCGCGGAGCCCGACGGAUCCUUCAGCGCUGAGAUGCAGCUCCUCAAGGCCCUCAGCAACUUCCAAAUCUUCCGGGACGAAGACUUCGAGCAGGGCAUGUAUCCAGCACACGAGGCCAUGAAGAGGGUGGCAGGCAUGGCCGCCUUGGAUGCUGGGAAAGUGGAGAUGAGUGGGAAGGACGUCCUUGGCCCGGACCCACACGGUGACGGCCUGAACUUCCAGGUCGCCGGCGAGGUUGGGUCCCUUUUCCGACUCAGCUUGCGGAUGACGCCGGAAGUUUCUGUGGCUUGGGAGAAAGUCGGAUGGCGCGCCGUGGAUUUCAAGGAAGUCACCAAGAGCCACGCAUACUACGUUGCCGGCUCCUGGGACAAGUUCGCCAACUGCCAGGCGAUGGAGCGCGAUUCAUGCGGCAGCUGGUCCCUUGAGGUCACCGUGCAGAACCGCAUCGAGAGCUUCCAGAUCCUGCUUAACCGUAACUGGUUGGCCACCGUGCACCCGGACGUUUCCAGGGCAGCCUUGGACGACGAUUUCCGAAUCGAGGGCCCCGACGAAGCUGGUCAUGGCAAAUACUUCUGCCUAGGUGGCUCCGAUAGCGACCGGUUCGAACCGGGCUCUCUGGCAGUCAUUCACAUGGAGAUCGAGCAGGGCUUUCCCUGCAGAGUCUGGUGGGAGAGGUCGAACAGCGAUCGCGCCCACGAGCUUCGUAUCGCCGCUGGUCUCGGCACUUUCCCGGAGAGGCAUUUCCGCUUGCUGGGCAUGAUCCCCUACAACGAAGACACAGAUACCUCAGCGUAUUUGGCCAAUCCGCCAGAUUGGUGGAACGAAGGACGUGUUGAGCGUGACUUCAUCGAGGAGAGGCGAGACAUCCUGAAGAAGGCCGCGAAGCAUGUGGCGGAGGUGAGGGACACCCCGGAGAACGAGCUCAUGGAGAAACGGAUGCAGCUUUCGCGGUCACUCGCCUAG